AUGAUUAAAAUAGCAAUUGAAAACACUAAAUUAUAGAUAGAUAAAUCAAACCUAAAUCAAGUUUAAUUAGGGAUUCAUGAACAUAUUAAAUAAUAAUUUUACUUUUAGUAUUUAAUGAAUUUAUUAACCAAUUAUUUAUUAGAUAGGAUUAAAAUAUUAAUGUACAUAAAUCCAUAAUUAAAUUCAAAUGAGAAUGAUUAUUUAGACCAUAGUAAAGAAAUAACAAUUAGGUUUGAAGUUGUACAAUAUCCAUUUUCAUAAUACUAUUAUUAGAUAUAUAUAAUUAAUACAAAAUAGUUUACCUUAAGAAUUAUGUAUGUGAUAUUAAAUUUGCAUUAUCUAUAUAUGAAAUUAAAUAGUUAAGAUGAAAAUAUUUGA